UAAAGUGUAAUGUAGAGAGAGAUUGUAAAGUGAAAGAAGGAAGCACAACAAAGCCACUUUAAUUUUUUUGAUAUAACCUAAACCCUCCUUUUCCUCUGUUGCACUCUCACUUUAUCAGCGUGACACGACCAACCUAAGAUCAAUGUGUAAGAACCUGUUCCUCUUUCUCUUCUCUUCUGUCGUUCCUUGUGUCCAUUUCAUCAUGUUUUCUUCCUAAUCCUCAAAUCUUUUGCUCCCCAGUUCCUCUUUUGCUUCAAACUCCUCUUCCCCUUCCUAAAAAUCGCACCUUUACUCCCAUGGUGAUGGGACACACCACCCCCUUCACACUCCUGUGUGUGAUUCUUCUGUGUGCAACCCCUUCCCACUCAAUUGAUGUCCACCCACAAGACAAAGCCUCUCUUUUUCAGUUCAGGUCAUCGUUGCAAGACCCCAACCAGAGUUUGGCCAACUGGGUAGGCUCCAACUGCACUUCAUGGAGUGGAAUCACCUGUGACAACACAACUGGGAGGGUGCUUUCCAUCAACCUAACUAGCAUGAACUUGUCAGGCCAAAUACCCCCCAGUUUGUGCCACCUUUCAUACCUCAACAAGGUGGGGCUGUCCCACAACAGCUUCACGUCACCCCUUCCUGAGUGUCUUGGAAACCUGCUUAACCUAAGAGCCAUUGAUCUCAGCCAUAACAAACUUCAUGGGGGGAUACCAGGCUCUUUCAUGAGGCUCAGGCACCUCACUGAGCUUGUUGUUAGUGGGAACCCUGGUUUGGGGGGCCCACUGCCAGCUUGGAUUGGUAACUUCUCAACAAAUCUUGAAAGGUUGCAUCUUGGUUACUGUUCAUUUAGUGGGGGGAUACCUGAGAGCUUGCUUUACUUGAAGAGUCUCAAGUAUUUGGACCUUGCGAACAACGUCUUGUCUGGUAAUCUGGUUGAUUUUCAACAGCCUUUAGUUUUGCUUAAUCUUGCUUCCAAUCAAUUUGCUGGUACUUUGCCUUGCUUUGCAGCUUCAGUUCAGUCUCUAACUGUGUUGAAUUUGUCUAAUAAUUCUAUUGUUGGGGGGCUGCCUGCUUGUAUUGCUUCCUUUCAUGCCUUGACUCAUUUGAACUUGUCAGGGAACCACUUGAAGUAUAGAAUAUAUCCUAGGCUUGUAUUCUCUGAGAAACUUCUUGUUUUGGACUUGAGUCAUAAUGAUUUGUCUGGUCCUAUUCCCAGUAAGAUUGCUGAGACUACUGAGAAACUUGGCCUUGUUCUUCUUGACCUUUCUCACAAUCAGUUCUCUGGUGAAAUUCCUGUGAAAAUUACUGAGUUGAAAAGCUUGCAGGCCUUAUUUCUCUCUCACAAUCUUCUCUCUGGAGAAAUUCCUGCUAGAAUUGGAAAUUUGACUUAUCUUCAGGUCAUUGAUCUCUCACACAACUCUUUGUCUGGUACCAUUCCAUUUAGUAUUGUCGGGUGCUUUCAGCUGUAUGCUUUAAUACUUAAUAAUAACAAUCUUUCUGGCGUGAUUCAACCGGAGUUUGAUGCGUUGGAUAUCUUGAGGAUACUGGACAUAAGCAACAACAGGUUUUCUGGGGCUAUUCCACUCACUUUGGCUGGAUGCAAAUCUCUGGAGAUUGUAGAUUUUAGUUCCAAUGAGCUUUCUGGAUCCUUGAAUGAUGCAAUAACCAAAUGGACAAACCUCAGGUAUCUGUCUCUUGCUCAGAACAAGUUCAGUGGAAAUUUGCCUAGUUGGUUGUUCACAUUUGACGCGAUAGAAGCGAUGGAUUUCUCGCACAACAAGUUUACUGGCUUCAUACCUGAUGUUAAUUUUAAGGGUAGCUUAAUACUUAACACAAGGAAUGUCACUGUUAAGGAGCCAUUGGUUGCAGCAAGAAAGGUUCAACUGAGAGUUUCGGCGGUUGUUUCUGAUAGCAAUCAACUUAGUUUCACUUAUGAUCUUUCCUCAAUGGUUGGAAUUGAUCUAUCCAGCAACUUGCUACAUGGGGAGAUUCCAAGGGGCUUGUUUGGGCUAGCUGGUCUAGAAUAUCUGAACUUGUCGUGCAACUUUCUCGAAGGACAGCUUCCAGGUUUGCAGAAAAUGCAGAGUUUGAAAGCCUUAGAUUUGUCACAUAAUUCCUUGUCAGGACAUAUUCCAGGAAACAUAUCUAGCCUUCAAGAUCUGUCCAUUUUGAACCUGUCUUACAACUGUUUUUCUGGGUAUGUCCCCCAGAAGCAGGGGUACGGACGAUUUCCAGGUGCAUUCGCUGGAAAUCCGGAUCUGUGCAUGGAAUCUUCCAGUGGUGUGUGUGAUGAUGGAAGGACUCAAUCUGUGCAAGGAAGUUCUUUCAGGGAAGAUAGGAUGGAUGGACCAAUAUCUGUGGGGAUUUUCUUUAUUAGUGCCUUUGUUAGUUUUGAUUUUGGUGUCGUUGUUCUCUUCUGUUCUACGAGGGCAAGGAAUUAUAUUCUCCAAACAAAAGUUUGAUUUGAUACUUGUGAGUUGUGACAGUUACAAAUCUCCUGUAAAUUCCAUUUUGUAAUUUGGUAGCUGUCUUUCACAGUUUCAGGUGAACAUAAACUUUUUGUGAUUAGGAAUACUAUCUGGCCAUGAACUUCACAAGUGUUACUGUGUUCUCUUUCCUACAAUGUCCUUGCCAAUCAGCAUCACUGACCAAGUGUCUCAGAAUUACUGGACCAAAAUGUCAUGAUAUAAGUCAUAAAAGGUUUAAAGAACACCAAUAUUAGUAUAAGUGAAUGUUAGUCCUGCAUCAUUCAGCUGGAAAAAGAAUGAAUGAAUAUGAUGAAGGUUUUGAUCCGAGUAAAGACCAGUCCCACAUCAUUCUUUUGGUUGUUCUCAUCUGCUGGAACUUGGUUGCAUCAAGUUCAUCCAUUAUUCAUAAUCAGUGGAGCAAUCACAUUCCCGAUCAGAUCUAAUUAUGGUGAAAAUUUUGAUCUUGGGCAUCAAAUUGCAGAUUUACAAGCAUGUUUACGUGAAGAGAACUCGUAUCAUUCUAGAUUAACCUAGCCCUUUUUUGAAGUGGGGAACCAAAUUUUACACAUAGGUGCAGGCAAGAUGAACAAUUAGCUUUAUACAAAAAUUUUAUUGCAAUCAUCACUCACUUAAUGCUGUAAAUUUAAAUGAUAUUCUCAUGAAUUCUUUUUGUCAACAGGAACGAGGUUAAUUGUUCAA